UUUUUUAAAAAUUGCAUACUAAAGAGUUCCGACAACCUUGUAGGGAAAUUUCUGUCGAGAACAAAAUCCAGCCAACCGAAAAACCUCUCCGUACCACACGAAAAACACAGAAACUCCUCAGUGAGGUUCUCUCACAUCUUUCGGUCACCAAAACACACAAAGAAAAACUUUCACAAUCAACCAUCGUGAAUCACCCCAAAACACCCAUGUUCUGCCAUUGAAACCAACCGAAUCACCCUAUAAAUUCCUCUAAAAUUUCGAUCACCCUCACCCAAAAAUCAAAACCUCACACUCAAAACUCACCCACCGGAAAUUUUCAACAAUCAAAAUCAACGACUCCUCCACCUUCGGUUGCCAGAAAAUCAAAACCCCAACACCGUUGAACAACCACACAGAACCACCGAGCCCCAAAAAUCAAACCCACCUAAUGAAAAUGAAAACCAAACCAACAAUCUUUUGAACCACAAUUGGGAGCCAAAAUCCCACAUCACUUCAAAACUCCAAAACCAACAACUGAAAUUGCAGAAUAAAACCAAAGUUAGGAGGACUCGAGAACGGCAUCAAAGGGGUCGCCAGUGCGAGGUUUGCGGCGAUAGGGGGUGGUGAUGCCGCCGUUGAAGCCGUUGCCGCCCAAAAAUCGUUCCCCAUUGUAACGCCCCCGGCUUUAAAUACAAGCCGCAAGCGGCAAAUAUCUGAUUUCCCGCGUGACGCUACUGCAUAGAACAACUCCUGCACUUUUCCUGACACUUUCUCCUCAGCCAAACAGAAAUCAGAUUCCUCUCGAAACCCUCCUCCACACCGUUAUACAGCAUAAGCAACCAAGCCAAACAAAAAAAUCAUGAAAGAAGGAGAAGAAAAAGAAUCGUAUUCAGAAUCAAAAUCCGUGGAUCUCUUGCACCAAUUCGAACAGAUUCUUGUAUCAAACCCUCUUAUUGAUGAAGUGGGUUUUAUACACCCGUCCCAAUUUGCGAAGCUAACUGAAGAGGCAGGCGAUGAUGUUGCUAAUCCGUCUUCAGAUGGUGCAACCUUUUGGAGCAGAGAUAACAAGCUUGGCGUCUCGACGCAGGUUCUUUUGCCCUUGUACAAUGCAGCUAAGCAUGCGUUUAUGGCCGCAGUAGGAGAGUAUAACAGACUCGGUGAUGAUGUCGUAUCUGAUGACAGAGUGGAGAUUGAAGUGAUGAUGCAUAGUAGGGCUCUAUUAUUGCUCAGCUCCGAUUUCGGCACUGCCUGGAAUUCCAGGAAGCUUGUUGUGUCUAAGAAGCAGCACCUCUCAAAAUUCAUGGAUGAACUUCUGUUGUCAGAACUUGUUCUUUCAUAUUCACCCAAAAGUGACCAUGCUUGGAGCCAUAGGCGGUGGGUGAUCAAGUCAGUCACUGGAAAGUGUUCAACUCGACAGGAGAUUGUGAGGAAAGAAUCUGAGUUGGUGGAAAAAAUAGCCGAGAGAUCAAAAAUGAACUACCGUGCAUGGAAUCACCGAUGCUGGCUCGUUUCCUACAUGACAAGAGAAGAGGUGCUACAUGAGUUAAAGAAAUCCAGAAAUUGGGCGGAGUUGCACGUUGCAGAUAAUUGUUGCUUCCAUUAUCGCAGACGGCUAAUGCUCAGGAUUUUGAAAGACUCAUCCUGUAAACAAGAAAAUGCAUCCUCUGAUUACGCUGAAAUUUAUAAAGUAUGGAAGGAGGAGCUCGAUUGGAAUGAAAUGUUGAUAAAGCGUUACAUAGGAAGAGAGGCACUAUGGCUUCAUCGCCGCUUCCUUUCUUUGUGUUGGAUGAAGCAAUUUGCGACUGAUCUCUGUAAUGAAUCCAGCCAUUCUGAGCAAAAAAUCAGCAUCAGUAAUGGCUUUGGUUCCUUUGUUGAUAAUGAGUUACGUCUCCUGGACUCCUGCUCAACUGUUCUGAACAAUGACUUCGACGAUUUCCAAGCACAAGCCAGGUUGUCUGCUACUUACAUAUUGUGGUUGACGAAGCAAAUCCCUGAGUUUCAGUCUGAACUCCAAGAGAAGCUUACAGCAGGAAAUCUGAAGAGUAUGCUGAGUAAGAUGUGCCCGGAAAGGUCCUGCCUUUUGGAUUCUUUAAUUGGGGGCCUUGAUGGAAACGUCUGAUCAGUUUGUGUGAGAGUAAACUUUAUCUUUGACUCUACAUCUUACGUGCCUUUUUUUUUUUUUUUUUUUUUUUUUUUUUUUUUUUUUUUUUUUUUUUUUUUUUUUUUUUUUCUCUCCUAUUAUGAGUUUUAUUGUACCUUUUUAUAUGGAUGAUUUUGAUUCAUGAGUACAAUGUGCCCCAACUGAGGCGUUUUGAGUAUCAGAGUGGCCUAGCAAAAAGGUGACAACUAUAUUAAUUGCGACAAUACUGAUAACCGAGCAGAAUCAUGCACAAAUUAUGGCAGAAAGAAGCUGCUACCCUUUAUUUAUUUAUUUUUGGUCUUUUUCAGGAAAUAUAGAGAAACGGAAAGAGAAAUGUUACACACUCUCA